UUCGUAGUCGCCGCCACUCCGGCAGUUCGUUCCUGUUGUACGUCGCCGUCGCUGUCGUUGUUGGCGCGUACCGUCGCGUCGUUUUACCCAGCACUCUGAAUAUCGUUAGCGUUCGCCAAUAUCGUUGGGGAAAAAAAAUAUCGACACGGUACAAAUUUUGAUUUUCUAAGUACGGUGUUUACCGCUUUUUUUUUUCCUUUCUAGUCUACACGUCUCGCGUCUCAAGUGGUCUGGGUGUGUAUUAUCGUUACUUUUUUUUUUUCGAAACCAUACCCGGUUUUCGCGUGAGUGUUUACACGACAAUAAUAAUAAUAAUUCAACGACCGGUGAAAAGUGACCCCGACGGCCGAAAUACCGUGUGUUUGUGCGCGACCGCGAUUUUGAGAGUUUUGACCUCUGUCGGUGAAAUGCGCCUCCACCCGCGGCGUUCCUCUUUGGAGUGGAUGUCCGUCGUCGUGUCUGAGCGUAACGCUGUGGAUUACUCGGACUAACGCGCGCAACGUACCCGCUAACGAUGGGGACAGGCCGAUAAAAAGAGCGCCCAACACGUUCUUUAUACUUUCAUUAGUGUUGUAAAAUGUCCAUUCGACAUUCGAACGCAACGAGAUGACGCAGAGGGAAGAUGUACUUAAGUUCGAACAGGGGCGUAUUAAAGCCCUUCAAGAGGAGCGGCUGCACAUACAGAAAAAGACUUUUACCAAAUGGAUGAACUCCUUCUUGCAAAAGGUGAGAAUGGAAGUGGACGACUUGUUUGUGGACCUGGCGGACGGCAGAAAGCUCCUCAAACUCUUAGAAAUAAUUUCCGGCGAAAAGUUAGGAAAACCUAAUAACGGCCGCAUGCGAGUACACAAAGUGGAAAACGUCAACAAAAGCUUAGCAUUCCUUCAUACAAAGGUGAGACUGGAAAGUAUAGGAGCCGAAGACAUUGUUGACGGUAACCCUAGAUUAAUUUUGGGGCUUAUUUGGACGAUUAUUUUAAGAUUUCAAAUUCAAGAAAUUGAAAUUGACGUGGAUGAAGAAAAUGAAAGCAGUGAAAAAAAAUCUGCUAAGGAUGCUUUGCUAUUGUGGUGUCAAAGAAAAACAAACGGUUACAAAGGUGUCAAUAUACAAGAUUUUACUGGAUCUUGGAGGAACGGUUUGGGAUUCAAUGCGUUAAUACAUUCUCACAGGCCAGACUUGCUUGAUUACUCAUCACUAGACAAGAAUACUAACAUCGAUAACCUAAACAUAGCGUUUGACGUAGCCAACAAUGAAUUGGGAAUCCCACGGCUACUUGAUGCCGAAGAUGUUGAUAUAAACCGACCUGAUGAAAAAUCUGUGAUCACUUAUGUCGCCUCUUAUUAUCACACGUUUGCAAGGAUGAAGAAUGAAAUGAAAAGCGGUCGCAGAAUAGCAAAUAUACUCGGUCAGCUCAUGGACACUGAUAAAAAGAAAAUUAUUUAUGAGCAGCUAACUUCCGACCUGUUAGAAUGGAUACGGAUGAAAAUCAAAGAGCUCGAAAAUCACAACUUUCCCAAUUCCCUAGAGGGAAUUCAACGAGAGCUGUUGGCGUUCAAAAAAUAUCGGACCGUAGAAAAACCUCCCAAAUACAUUGAACGCAGUGAAAUAGAAGCUCUUUAUUUCCAUAUAAACACAUUACUAAAAUCACUUAACCAAGGCGUCUUUAUACCCCAAGAAGGUCAGUUGAUACACGACCUUGAACGUAACUGGGAAUCUUUAGAAAGAGCUGAACACAAAAGAGAAGUAGCCUUAAGAGAGGAACUCUUAAGACAAGAGCGGCUAGAACAGUUAAAUUAUAAAUUUGAGAAAAAAAGUGUUCUUCGGGAUGGUUAUUUAAAAGAAAUGAUACAAGUUUUAAAUGAUCCGAGAUUCGGAAAUAGCCUGACUCAAGUCGACGCUACCGUAAAAAAGCACGAAGCCAUUAGUGCUGAUAUAAUGGCUCGAGAGGAAAGGUUUCAUGAUUUGAACGCUAUGAGCGAAGAACUCGUAAAGGAAAACUACCACGGAUCCCAGAGAGUGAAGAAGAGGGAAGAGGAAGUUUUACAAAGAUGGAAAGAUCUUUUAAAACUUUUAGAAAGCCGCAAAGUAAACCUGAACAACAUAAGCACUAUAUUCUCAAUGCUUAGAGAAAUAGAAACUGUAAUGACUACCAUAAAGGAAAUUGAAGCUACGUAUAAGUCUGAAGAUGUCGGACCGCAUUUAUUAGUUGUGGAAGAUUUGCUACAGAAACAAAAUCUAACUGAAAUGCAGACUACAGCUAUUGGCGAAACAGUAAGAAGAUUAACAAGACAAGGCCAGCAACAUGUGCCAUCAAAAAAUAAAGACGCUGCACUGCUGAAAGAAAGCCUUAGCCAAUUAAACAUCACAUAUGACAGAUUAACAGAACUAAGUAAAGAGAGGAGAUUAAGACUGGAAGAGGCUAGGAACUUUUACCAAUUCAUCGAAGAUCAUGAGGAUGAAGAGGCUUGGCUUAUCGAAAAACAACGAAUUUGUAAAGCUGAUAUUUCUGCAAAAGACCUAAGAGGUGUAAUGAGCUUGCAACAAAAACACAAGGUGUUACUUGAUGAAAUGAAAGUACAUCGUCAGAAAUCAGACCAAAUAUGUAAAUCUGGACUUACCAUAAGUUCUGGUGAACCAACAGAAAUACAAUCAAGAGUUGAUUCUCUUCAAAGUAAUUGGAGCACAUUAAACACGCUUUCACAGCUGAGAACUAAACAGCUUCAAGACGCCGCUGAAGCUUAUCAAUUCUACGCUGAUGCAAAUGAAGCUGAAUCUUGGUUACAUGAGAGGUUAACCGUACUAGGUACAACCGACUAUGGAAUAGAUGAACCAAGUGCCCAAGCAUUACUAGCUCGACAUAAAAUACUAGAAGAAGAACUGGAUGCUUACCAAGGAGACAUACAGUCAUUAAAUAUACAAUGCGAAAAUUUGGUUAAGGCCGGAAUAUCAAACAUUUUGCUGUCUAAUGAAGCUACUCAAAAAGUUCCAACGGAGCCAGUCGAAGAAUGGGUCUUUGAAACUAGACUUCUACCCCAAGAAGUUUUAGAAGAAGAAAUUAUGGAACACGUUGAGCAUAGAACUGUUGUAGAAGAACGCCAAGUUCCUCAAGUAAAGAGUUUGUAUCCUUUCAGUGGACAAGGAAUGACUAUGACUAAAGGCGAAGUCAUGUUUUUAUUGAACAAGACAAAUCCAGAUUGGUGGAGCGUGAGAAAAGUAAAUGGUCAAGAUGGCUUUGUUCCAGCAAAUUAUGUUUGUGAAAUUGAACCAAAAAUUAUGCAAGUAUCAGUUAGAAGACCACACGUAGUGAAAAGUACGCGAAAGGUCCCUAAAGUUAAAAUGGUCAAACAGAAAGUACGCGUAAAGAAAACAAGGACGCCUGAAAAAGAAGAACCCAAAAAGAAAAAUACCGGAAAUCUCAAUAAUGAAAGAAGUAUUGAAAAACGAAUACUAAAAAUAAAUGAGACAUACACGAAAUCGCAAGAUUUGGCUAAAAAACGUCACGCACUUUUGGAAGAUUCUAUCUGUUUAUACGGAUUUUAUCGAGAAUGUGAUGAUUUCGAAAAAUGGAUCAAAGACAAAGAAAAAUUACUUAAAACUGAAGAAAAACUUGAUACAGUGGAAUCUGCGAAACGCAAAUAUGAAAAAUUCCUAACCGAUUUAUCUGCUAGCAAUAAGCGAGUAGAAGAUAUUGAUCGAGGUGUACAAGAGUUUACUAAGCUUGGACAUAGCCAACUUGAUAUGAUAACAAAACGACAAAAUCAAAUUCACAAGCUAUGGGACCAUUUGAAUUGGUUAAAAGCACAAAAAGAAAAAAACUUGGAAGGAGCUCUUAGUGUUGAGCUGUUUGAAAAAACGUGUGACGAAGCCAAAGACUGGAUGACAGAAAAAAUGGACAAACUUGAUAGCGCUGAGGUAGGAUUAGAUCUAAAAACUAUCCAGGCGCUACAAAGACGACAUUUGAAUUUAGAAAGAGAACUGGCACCGGUUGAAGAAAAGGUCAAUAGGGUAAACUUGUUAGCCAAUUCAGUAAAAUCGUCUUAUCCUAAUGAAAAAGAUAAUGUCAAUCAAAGACAAAAAGAUAUACAAGUUUUAUGGCAGAAUGUCAAAAACAAAGCUUUAGACCGUAGAUCACGUUUAGAAAGUGCUGUUGGGCAGCAGAUAUUUAUGAACAGCUCAAAAAAUCUACUGAAUUGGUUGUCAUCCGUAAAAGAUUUAGUUAAUGCCGAUAGCUCAGCUCGUGAUGUCGUAACAGCCGAAAAUCUUUUGAAAAAUCAUAACGAUCUAGGUGAUGAUAUAAAAGCUCACCAAGAUGAAAUAAAAGAAGUCACCGUUCUUGGCAGACAACUUUUAUCUAGUGGCAACUGCAGCAGCAAUGAAGUAAAGGAACGCAAUGACAAAUUAAUCGCAGAAGUCAAUACGGUUAUGGACGAAUGGGCGCAAAAAAAAGAAUGGAUAAAACAAUGUUUAGCUCUACAAAUAUACAAUAAAGAGGCCGAUCACAUUGACGCUGCCACGUCAGGAAGCGAAAUGUUUUUGGAGUACACUGACUUGGGAGGGUCUAUUGAUGAUGUCGAAUCGCUUUUGAAACGCCACGAAGAUUUUGAAAAUUCACUUUAUGCUCAGGAUGAACGAUUGAAAACGUUUUGUGAAAUGGCAAACAAACUAAUUUCGACUGAUCAUUAUGACAAAAAACAUAUUGAUAAGCGUAAAGAAGCAGUAUUACAAAGGCGAAAUUUAGUUAAGGAUCAAGCGGCAGUUAGAAGAAAUGCUCUGAUUGCCAGCAGAAAUUAUCAAGCUUUCUGUGCAGACGUCGAUGAUCUAAAGACGUGGCUUACUGAUAAACUGAAGACAGCAAGUGACGAAUCAUAUAGGGACCUAACAAAUAUAGAACGGAAGUUACAAAAACACGAAGCAUUUGAAUGCGAACUGCGAGCAAACGAGGGUCAGCUUAGAAAUAUUAACAAGUGUGGCCAGAGUUUAAUAAACGAAGAAAACUACCGCAAAGAGGAAGUCAAAACAAUGUUAGGUGACCUCAAUAACGACUGGAAGAAAUUAGUCGAAGUGAGCGUAGCUAAAGGAAGGUGUCUCAGACAAGCGUCGGCACAACACACUUAUAAUAGAACUUUAGACGAUGCUCACUUUAAAUACGAAGAACUAAAAUCGAACUUAAUGUCACAAGAAGUAGGCACAGAUCUUAGGCACUGCAAACAACUUUUGAAAAAUCAUCAAGUCGUAGAAACUGAAAUUCAACAUUGGAAAACCAAAAUUGACGAUUUGGUAUUUGCUGGAAAUGAAAUGGCCCAAGAUGGCCAUUUUGACGGCGAAAAUAUAUUGAAAUCUAGCAAGAAUUGUCAAAAUAUGUUUAAUGGGUUGAGCGAGCCACUAAAACAGAGAAAAGAAGCUCUGGAUGAAUCAUUGCGUUUCCAUAAAUUUGGAUUCGAAUUGGAAGCGGAACUCGGUUGGAUCCGUGAACAUUUGCCACUAGUUGAAUCUGUCGAACUAGGCGCCAAUCUUCAUCAAGCCCAAACGUUGCACAAGAAGCACAAAAAACUCGAAGCCGAAAUACAAGGACAUCAAUCUAUGAUCAAUAAAACACUCGAAACAGGACAAGCACUUAUACAUCAGAAGCAUCCUGAAACGAAACAAGUAUCGUCGUUGUGUACUGGUCUUGAAGACGCUUGGCAAGAUUUGCUGGCAAAAAGCGAAGACAGAAAUCGUAAGCUGGAACUCAAUUUAAAAGCACAACAAUUUUUCUUUGAGGCAAGUGAAAUCGAAAGUUGGCUCAUCGAGAAAAAUAAUAUACUAAAAUCAUCAGAUUGCGGUCGGGACCGAGACGCAGCAUCUAAACUUUUAACAAAACACAAGGCUUUAGAAUUGGAACUCGACACCUAUGAAGGUAUUGUGAAAGAAAUGUGUCAUACUGGAAACACAAUGGUUAAUCUCAAGCAUCCCGAUAUAAAAGCAAUAUCUUCAAAACAACAAUAUAUUUGUGAGCAAUUUAAAUUAUUGCAAAAACUAGCUACGUCAAGACAACAUAAUUUGGUUGAAAGCAUGUGCAGACAUGAGUUUUUAAUCGAAAGCUACGAACUUGAACAAUGGAUAAGGGACAAUGUACAAGCUGCUUCGUCCGAAGAUUAUGGUCAAGAUUUUGAACAUCUUUUGGUGUUGCAAAAUAAAUUUGACGAUUUGAAACAUCGGGUGGAGACCGGCUCUAAUAGGUUUAAUCAAUGUGAAGACCUUGCCAAUAAAUUAAUAGCUAACGAUUCUGAAUAUACACCUGAAAUCGAGAAAAGACAAGAAGAAGUCAGAGACUUGUGGCAGCAGCUAAUUGUUACAUUGGAAAAUCGAGAAAAACGUUUGAAAGCCGCAGGAGAAAUUCAUAGAUUCCACAGAGACGUCGCAGAUGCGUUGUCUCGUAUAAGUGAUAAGGAUGCCACAAUAUCAGAUGAUUUAGGGAGAGAUCUCAACUCCGUGCUGACAUUAAUCAGAAAGCACGAAGGAUUCGAAAAUGACCUGGUGGCUCUAGAAGCGCAGCUUCAAAUUUUGGUCGAAGAUGCAGUAAAAUUACAAACACUUUACCCAGGGUCAAACGCCAAUCACAUUGCUAAACAACAAGAAACUGUAGUUCGAAGCUGGACAUUAUUACAAGAUCGCUCAGCACAUAGACGGGAAGCUCUACAAGCUAGUUGCGAUUUACAUCGAUUUUUAGCUCAAGUAAGAGAUUUAGUAAAUUGGUCGAAUAGUCUUAGAGCGACUAUGCGAACAGAAGAAAAAGUGAGAGAUGCGACUAGCGCUCAACUUUUAAAAGGAGAACACGAAGCUGUAAAAGCUGAAAUUGAAGCGCGAGAAGAAACAUUCCAGACAGUUGCUGAUCUUGGAGAGGCUCUUGUGCAAGGCGGCCAUUUUGCGGCAAAUGAAAUUCAAGAAAAACUAAAUCACUUACUGGAAGAGCGUCAUCAACUACAUGCCUCGUGGCACCACAAAAAAGUACAUCUGGAUCAACUCAUAGAUUUGCAGUUCUUCCUCCGGGACGCUAAGCAAAUAGAUACUAUUUGUAAUACACAAGAAGUUGCAUUAGCAGCAAGCUUAGAAUAUGGAAAUACUGUGGACCAAGUUACAGCUUUAGUAAAGAAACAUGAGGGAUUUGAAAAAUUAUUUGAAACGCAAGAAGAAAAAGUAGCUUUAUUAAAAGAACACUGUGAUAAAUUACUAAGUCAAAAUCAUUUUGAAAGUGAUUUGAUUUCCCGAAGACUGAAUGAAGUUUUAGCAAGACGAGUUCAAAUAAGAAAACUUAGUGUUUUAAGAAAACAAAUAUUGGACGACGCUUUACUACAUGCACAAUUUUUGCGUGAUGUUGGCGAAGCUGAAUCGUGGAUAAGUGAAAAGCGUAAAAAACUUGAUGUAGAAAUCAGUAAAGGCGACGUUAACAAUUUAGAAGAAAAAAUCAAAAAAUUACAAAAGCAUCAAGCAUUCCAAGCUGAAUUAUCUGCCAAUCAAGGAAGAAUAAAUUCCAUAAAACAUAAUGCCGAUAUGCUUAUUGAAAAGAAGCAUAAAAAUUCAAAAGAUAUUCAAGACUCCUUAGGUAAAUUGCUAGUACUGUGGAGAAAUCUUUUACAAGAAACUAACGAAAAGGGUAGAGGAUUAGAAGAGGCACAAGAUAUUUUGGAGUUUAAUAACCAAGUAGAUAAAGUAGAGACUUGGAUAAGAGAUAAAGAAAUGAUGGUACAAGCUGGAGAAAUGGGCUUAGACUAUGAACAUUGCUUAGCACUUCAAAGAAAACUUGAAGAUAUAGAUAAUCGAGUGGAUGAGAGUAAAAUAGAAAGUAUAAAUAAUUUGGCUGAUAAGCUUAUAAGACAAGGUCGUAGUGACACACAAGCUAUCCAACAACGUCGUCAACAUUUAAACAAUAAAUGGAAGGCUCUUCAAGGAGCACUGAGCGAGUACAGAGAACACCUCAAUGGUGCUUUGGAGAUACACUCGUUUAAUAGAGAUGUUGAUGAUACUCUGCAGCGUGUUAGUGAGAAAGCGUUGGCAAUGUCUAGCAACGAAACUGGUAAGAAUCUUGGUGGUGUCGAGCAACUUCAAAGGAAGCAAGAUACGCUAGAAAGAGACAUGACAGCAAUCGAAGGAAAAACAAAGGAACAUGAAUUGGAGUGCAGAAGACUUAUUCAAAAAUAUCCAGAUAUGUCUUCUCCCAUCAAAGCUAAGUUGUCGGAAAUACAAGAUAAUUGGAGAAACUUACACAUGCUAUCAAAGAAACGAAGAGAGGCUUUAAAUGAGGCUUACAUUAGAGAAAAGUUCUUGUCAGAAUUAAAUGAAGCUGAACUUUGGGUUGUAGAUUCUAUCAAGAAAAUAAAAGCACAUGACAUGCCAGCAAACAUGGCGGAAGCCAAAGCUUUACUCGAGUUAAAUCAAGAAAGAAAGGCGGAAAUAAAUGGACGUCAAGAACAUUUUAAAAAUUUAAAAGAAUCUGGACUAAAAAUUAAUCCCAUUCCAGAAAAAGAACUCGCUCAUUUAGACGAACUACGGCGUACAUUAAGCGCUGCCUGGGAAGAAAGGAGAAUGAUUUUAAGCCAAGCGUUAGAACUUCAAAUAUUUAGAAAUCAAGCUGAUCAAGUAGAUAACUGGUUGACGUCGAAAGAAGCAUUCUUAAGUAACGAUGACCUAGGGGAAUCGUUGUCGAGCGUGGAAGAACUAAUAAGAAAACACGAAGCGUUCGAAAAAACCCUUACGGCUCAGCUCGCCAAAGUCGAAGAGUUAGAGAAGUAUGCUUUAGAACUUGUAACAGGUCAGCAUUAUGACAGCCAAGGAGUGCAAAGCAGGCUAGUGGGUAUUUGUAAUCGCAGAGAUAGGCUAAAAGAGGCUACUGCUUCGCGAAAAAAACGUCUUAACGACUCAAGACUUUUGCAACAGUUUUUGAGAAACAUGUAUGAGGUUGAAGGAUGGAUAAUUCAAAAACAACAAGUCGCUGGAGAUGAAAACUACAGAGACUCUACGAAUUUACAACGCAAAAUACAAAAACAUGCUACUUUCGAUUCCGAACUAACCGCAAACCGUACACGAGUCAACGCGAUCUGCACAGAAGGUGAAAACUUGAUUAGUAGUGGUCAUUUUGCAAGCAUGGAAAUAAGAGUAAGGCUGGACGAGCUCGAAACAAAGUGGUGGAACUUGCAAGAAAUGAGCGCUCUUAAAAAACAACGUUUACAAGACGCUUACCAAGCACUGUUGUUUAACCGUACGCUAGAAGAACUCGAAGCGUGGACAGAAGAAGUAGAAAUGCAACUUCAAUCCGAGGACCAUGGCAAAGAUUUACAAAGUGUAGUUAAUUUACUAAAAAGACAUUCGUUGUUGGAAAAUGACGUGCACAGUCAUGGCGAAGCUUGUCAAUCAUUAAAAGAUGCUGCUCUGUCAUUCCAAAAUUCCGAUCACUUCAUGAAGGAUGAAAUACAAGAGAAAGCUCAAGUGGUUAUAAAAAGAUAUCAUUCCCUGCAAGAGCCAAUGCAAAUACGCAGGGAUAAUCUCGAAGACGCUCUAAUACACUAUCGGUUGUUGCGAGAUAUAGAAGAAGAAAUGACUUGGAUAGGCGAUAAGGAAUUGCUGAUCAUGUCAACUGAUUUUGGUACAAGUUUACAUUCUGUCCAAGCAUUACAAAAUAAACAUCAGGCAUUAGAAGCCGAAUUAAUAUCCCACGAACCUGUAGUCACCGGCUUAGUAGGCCGAGGACAGCAAAUGGUUAGUGGUGGUCAUUUUGCUGCGCAACAAAUUGAAGCCAACUAUAGCGUUCUUCAAGAAAAAAUGGUCUUACUCAAACGAGAGUCUAAGAUCAGAAAACAAAAACUUCUAGACGCCUAUGAGUCGCAAAUGUUCUACGCUGAAGCCAACGAAGCUGAAGUAUGGCUGAAAGAAAAGUAUCCGUUGUUAGCGUCCAAUGAUUAUGGCAGAGAUGAAGAUUCGGUUUUAACGCUAAUGAAGAAACUUGAAGGAAUAGAAAGAGAAUUAAAUACGUUUCAGCAUACGCUAGAACGACUAGCAAAACUCAGUCGGGAUCUCGUUGGCCGUUCACAUUUUGAUUCAGAAAACAUUCUACACAAACAGACUGAUAUUGAAGAAGUGUACACAGAAUUGUGUACGUUAAACAAAAAAAGAGCCACCAGAUUAAUGGAGAGCCGAAAAUUGUAUAAAUUCAUUCGCGAAGCUGAAGACGUGGCUGAAUGGAUAGGAGACCAAACCACAGUCGCCGCGUCAGAAGACUACGGUCGAGACGUCGAGCACGUCGAACUUCUGAUUCAAGCUUUCGAGAGUUUCCUCAGCGGAUUGAAUGGUAGCGAAGGUCGAAUAUUGAGCUGCAUAGCUGCUGGCCACAAGCUGCUCGAGGAAGACAACCCCGAACGAGAUCAGAUUAGAAUUAGACUAGAAGAUACCCAACAGCUUUGGGACGAUCUAAAAGAAUUAGCUAACGCCAGACAAGAAGCUCUAAUGGGUGCUAAACAAGUACACGUGUUCGAUCGUACAGCCGACGAAACGAUUAGUUGGAUACAAGAGAAAGGUGCUCUUUUAGCAGCUGAAGAUUAUGGUCACGAUCUAGACACAAUACAGACUCUGAUACAAAAACACCAAGGGUUCGAAGCCGACUUGGCCGCAGUCAAAGAACAGGUGGAAUGCGUUGUACAAGAAGCCGGUCGACUGUCGGCUAUGUUUCCCGAUGCUAAGGACCACAUUGAAGUGAAACAAGAAGAAGCUGUUGAUGCUUGGGCUACACUGUUGGAAGAUGCGAGUCAAAGGAAGGGCAAGCUAAACCAAGCAGAACAUUUGCAGUCUUACUUCGAUCAGUAUAGACAUUUGAUAGCGUGGAUUAACGAAACUAUUGCUAAAGUUACAUCGCCGACGCUAAGCCAAGACGUGAGUGGAGCGGAAAUGCUGAUACUACGACAUCAAGAGUACAACGCAGAAAUAACUAGCAGGUCGGAGGCUUUGGGGGAAUUUUAUCAGACUGGCAAAAUUCUCAUCCAAAAGGGUCAUUUCAUGUCCGACGAGAUUAGAGAAAAAAUUAAUAUUCUUGAACAGAGACAUAACAUUUUGACUAAUACUUGGGAAAAUCGAAAGGUCUUGUACGAACAGAAUUUAGACACGCAGCUAUUUAAACGAGACGCAGAUUUAUUAGAAUCGUGGAUACAGUCCCGUGAGCCGGUGUUGAAUGAUGAAAAAUUAGGAGAUUCCAUAUGGCAAGUCGAGGAACUCAUCAGAAAACACGAAGACUUCGAAAAAACUAUAGAAGCUCAAGAAGACAAAUUCAAUACAUUGAAAAGAAUUACAAUGUUAGAGUUGGCAUUCAAGAAACAGUUAGAAUCCGAAGAAAAAGCUCGUGUGGCUGAGAAGGAACGUCUUGAACGAGAAAGACUUGAAGCUCGUAAACAACGCGAAGUUCAACGCAUUACUGAUGAAAGAAAGCGAGAAGGAGAUAGGUGGAAAGUUAACUCUGGCGGCGAAGUGACUAAUGGUGAUGACGAUCAAUUCGACCCGAAUAUGAGAAUGCAUGAUAAAAAUAAAUUGCAUGACAGUGAAAUAUUAGAGUCGACCGAAACGGCUGAAGAAGUAUCGACUAGAUCUUCCUGGCCUAACGAGGGAGGCUCUACGACGCUUAUGGUACCUGGAUCGCCAGCUAUGAGUAAUAGUGGAACCUUCUCAUCUAUAUUCAGCAACCGAUUAAAGAAAGACGUCAAGAGAGCCGAAAGCAUGAAAGCGGACACAUACAAAAAACCCAAACGGACACCCAGUUUUACCACACGUAGGAGGACUCAAAGUUUCCGAAAAUUACAGAAACUAGAGAACUUGGAACAGCUACCUCCGGUAGAAAUUCAAGGAUUCCUAGAUAGAAAACACGAGUUACAAAGCAGCGGCAAAAAAGCAGCAGUUAGAUCAUGGAAGACAUUCUAUACAGUAUUGUGUGGCCAGCUUUUAUGUUUUUUUAAGGACCAAGAAGACUUUGUGGCCAGCAAAGCUGCGACAUCGCCGAUAAUAAUUUUCAAAGCCAAAUGUGAGAAAGCAUUCGACUAUACAAAGCGAAAACACGUGUUUAGGCUGUGUUGCACUGACGGCUCUGAAUUCUUGUUUCUUGCCGAAACUUCCAACGAAAUGGAAGAGUGGGUCAACAAAAUAACUUUCCAUGCACAGUUACCGCCUAGUUUACAGCUGUUAAGCUACGACGACAACCAAAAGGGGUCACCUCAGUCUGACAAGACACCAGCACCGUCAACGGUUAUCAGCACCAGCUCAAGUGCGGCCACAACGCCAGAAACCGACCGAAAACCCAUGCCGGCCACAGUCACGCCCAAGAAAGACGGCCAAAUCCGUCGGCCCAUCCCUGUCCGUCCACCAUCAGUUGACAACAUCCCUUACCAGAACCAUCAAGAUACUACGGAUUACGCUUCUAAAAUACCUCCUACCGGUUACCCAUCCCGGCCUCAUUCUUACUACGCAAAUGGAAACAACGACUGGAGUAAAGACGGACAUCACAUCAAAUCGCCUGACGUUACCCCGCCACCAUUACCGACAACUGCACCGCCAAUAAAAGCGGGAAACCGGGACACGUGGACGUCAGAUUAUAGAAACAGCGCAGUGUAUGCCAAUGUUGAUGCGAUCAAACAACAACCUCCGAUGGUGCCCAAUCGGUCAUCAACCUUACCGCCUGUAUCUAGCCUGAACCAACACAGGGCUAGUGAAAGUUCAAGCGAGAGCGAACACCAGUCGCCCAUAGGUCGCAAGGACAAACGGUCCAGCGUUCUGUCCAGCCUGUUCCGCAAGAAAAAAGCUACCAAUCUUUAAUCGUCGUUACUAAUAAUAAUUUGUUUGUUUAUAUAUAUUUAAUCCAGUGUGCCAUUAGUUAUACACAAACUAUUUAAUUAUCUUAAUACGAUAAUAAUAUGUAUGUAUCAUUGCUGUUAUUAAUUUAUUACCGUUUCCGGCAAACUACAUAAAUAUAGGACAAGAACAAUGUUUAGUUUUUAUUUUUAAAUUAUAGGUAGGUGCAUUAUUAUAAUUAAUGCAAUAAUAAUUAAGAUCGUAAAAUAUGUAAAUAAAUAUUACGAAUAUUGUUAUUGAAAACUACGAUCAAUUUGAAUAGUGAUUAAAUUACAUUUUUAUUAAAUUAUAUUUUUGUAUGUGGUAAACCCUAUUUGAUCAUAUAGUCUUUUUAUUAUAAUUAAGUUUAUUGAAACCUGCAGUAUUACAAACAAUUGUAUACUCGUUGGAAUUUGUAUACUGUUGUGUAAAAGAAAACUAUAUUGUAUACCUUAUAUUUAAAUUAUUGAAACGUUUAUUUUUUAACCAUUUAUUCAUUUUCUGUUAUGUUGGGGCGGUUGAUUUUUUUUAAAUCAUAUUUUUAACAGUUUUUUUAUUUGAAUACAUACUUAAGUCCCUCAUUAAUAAUAAUUUCAUUCUAGAUACUUCCUGUGAAAUUUAUUUUAAGUUAUAAAUCAUUUAUGCAAUAAUAAUACUGCACUACUUAAAAUGUAUAUGUGUUACAUCUGCCUAAUAAAUAUAUUAUUAUUUUAUCAUUAUUCUAUGUAUUAUCAUCAUUAUAAUUUAUAAAUUAUGUACCUAUAUAUAAUAUAUAUAGUUUAUAAUUUACACAAAUAUGUCAUAUUUUAUAAUGCAUAUUAUAGUCUUGUGUAGGUAGUGCCUUACUUUGUUAUUAUAUUUAAGAUGCCGUAGUGUUAAUAUUAUUAUUAUUCUGUUUACAAACGCCAAUUGUUUUGUUAUUUGACUAUAAUAAAACAGAUUACAUUUUAUAUUAAAAA